AACAACAACAGCAAACACAAACUCUCUUCGUCAACGAUCCAAACACGUUCACGUCGGAGAAUUUUAUACAAAUCUCUCCUUCGUAACAAAAAGAUAUUGUCGUGAUGGCUACAGGAUCUAUGGAUGGAAUAUUCCGAAACAUCUUCGAAGGUUGCAUCUCUAGCUGUGACUCUUCGAUCCAGCGACGUCCAUACCAUAAGAACUGCGGCUGCGCGCUUCACGGUGGAGGUUCCACGACUCCUUGUCGUCAUGGAAGGUCUGAGAUUGUUGUGUUCCCAAUCCAAAGGUCUUGGAGUGAAGGUAACAGUUUGGCUUUGCAUCUUAUCUCAUCUUCUUCUUCAUCUAACCUCCAGUCUCUUUCGUCGUCUUCGUCUAUCUCUACCCUCGCGUCGUUGUCUUCGACCGUGUCUGAUAUUGAUUCUCCCAUUUAAAUUUGAUUCAUUCAAUUGUAUCGUUUUUAAAAGUUUGAAUUCGCCGGUUCGAGUAACGCUUGGGACGAAACCAUAUAAUAUGCUCUGGUUUCGGACCUGGUGUAUGGGCUUAGGCCCUGAACUUGUUUGAUUAUUCAAAAAAAAAACAAUUGUGUCGUUUUUGUUUUCGAAGAGAGUCAUGAUGACAAGUGAUAUGUUUGAUGUGUGAUUAGGGAGGUUUCGUUGGUUAUCAAAGGAAACCUAAUUCAAAUGUUGUAAUGGUCAAAUUCAUAGGGAGGCUUUUGAAUAACAUUUGUACAUAAUUAAUCACGUUUUCGGAUGUAUUUUUUAGUUUAUGUUUUGUGAUAUAAUAUGAUGAUAUUUA